AUGGGGGGCAACGUCCUCACCUUCGCCUAUGGCGCCAACAUGGGCUUGGCGAAGUUGCUCCACUUGGGAAUCCAUCCCAAGCACACGCUGGUGGGCAUGCUGCCUCACCAUGAGCUCAUCUUCGACAAGUCAUUGACGGAUGGCGAGGCAGAGCCUGCCUUUGCCAAUAUCCGGCACACAGAGGAUCCCGGCGAUCCACUGGCCGUGUCCCCUGUGCACGGCGUGGUGCACGACGUGAAGCGGAGCGAUCUGGCGAAGCUGGACGCCUCGGAAGCACCGCUCUACCACCGGGUGAAGAUGCCGGUGGAAGUGGACACCCCGGCCGGCGCCAGAGAGGUAAUGGCAUGGACCUAUGUGGGCAACGACGAGGACCUGGGGCCCCACGUUCAGGUGCACGGCAAGGCAAGGGACUGGGUUGAGCCGGGCACAUACCCAUGGGACGAGCAGAAGAAGGACCGAAGUGCGGCCGCCAAAUUCUGGCUGAUCCAACUCAAGGGAGGAUACUUGGAUGAAUUCACUGCAGCAGAGCUGCAAGCAUCCGUGGCGCCAAUGGGUAAGUGA